AUGUCGGUUUUUGUUUCUGAUGACGAAGGUUUGAUGACUGAACCUAUUAUACGUCCUGGUAACCAUAUGGCUAGAACUGGGAAAAGAUGGUCAGGUAGUGGUCAAGUACGCCCUAUAAAACAAUCCAAUAUGGAUGGUGUUCAUGAGUCUGUAGAAGCAGAAGACUACAUGUCACCAGGUCAACUGUACUCAACGGAAUCAGGACGUCUUUUCCAUGCAGGUAGGAUAUUGAUUGUCCUAGUGGGAUUACCAGCAACUUCCAAAACUCUUUUAUCUGUCGCCAUUACGAGAUACACUAGAUGGCUUGGUGUAAGAACGAAAUCAUUCCAUGUUUCUGAAUAUCGUAGACAAAUGACGGAUACUGUACCUGAUGAAUAUUUCUCUGCUGUUCCUCAGACCAAGGAAGGGAUUGAAUAUCGUCAAAAAGUGAUGAGAAUAGUUCAUGAAGACAUGGUCAGGUUCUUCAAUGACACAAAGGGUCAGUUGGCAGUUUAUGAUGCACUGAACAUUCGGCGUAGUGAGCGUAAAGAUAUUGCUGAUAAAUUUUCAACGAUGAAUAUUAAAGUACUCUUCAUCGAAUCGCAUAUGACUGAUACUAAGUUGGUAGAUCGUUCCAUUAAGAUGGCUGCACAAUCCUCAGAUUAUUAUGGAUUACCUAAAGUCGAAGCAAGAGCUGAAUAUAUGAAGAGGCUGAACCUCAAUAAACCUCUUUACGAAUCCAUGUCGCCAGAGGAGGGUCUUUCGUACGUGGAGUAUAUUAAUUUUGGCCAAAAGUUAAGGAUUUAUAACAACCAUUAUGGCUAUUUGACCAAUAAAAUUGUUUUCUUUCUCAUGAACCUACGUGAAAAGAAAGGCUGCGUCUAUUUUGCCAGGUGCGGAACUAGUGAUAAGGAUAACUAUUUGAAUGAUGAAGAAUUAAAUGAGGAUGGUAAAAAAUAUUCAGAAAUUCUAACCGAUUUAGUUUUAAAUCGUAUUAAUGAAAGAAGACGUAAAAGCCACGGAGCUAGAACACCAGCUGCCCGCCAAAUUUCUUUAACACCGCAAUCUUCACAAUCUUCCUUAGUCCCCACACAGGCAAGUAUUGACAGAGAAACCUAUAGAGGAGAUCAUCGUGUUAGACAGACACCUUCGUGGGAUGGUGCAGAUGAAGAUUCAUUCGUCGUAUGGACUGCACCACGAAAGAGAACCUACGACACGGCUAGAUUUUUUCAGGAAAGUGGCAUAAGCGUUCGUCAGAGAUCUCAAUUGCAACAAUUAAACCCCGGUGUCGUUGCUGAUAUGUCAGACGAUCAAAUAAGAACCGAGUAUCCAAUGGAGUAUUCAGAAUGGUUGAAAGACCCUUACCAUUACCGCUUCCCAAGAGCCGAAUCCUAUCACGAUUUAGCAGUUCGUAUGGAACCGUUGUUACUGGAAAUGGAGCGUAUGCGCGGUGAUAUUUUAAUUAUCGGCCAUGAAUCGACGCUGAGGAUUCUUUACGGUUAUUUGAUGGCGUGUACUUGUACCGAACUACCAUCUUUGAAUUUUCAGCGUGAUAAACUAAUCGAAAUUUCAUUUAGCCCAUUUCAAAACAAAGCAGACCACAUCCCGAUUCCACCAGUAGAUUCAUACUCAUCAAAAUGGUCAUUAUAA